ACUGUCGCUCCCUCCCUCUCUGCGUUCAGGUACAGACAGGUAUUCCAGCUUCCUCUCAUACCAAACGGAGCAUUCUGCACAUUACAUUCACAUACUGUACUUCGUGCUACUGGACUUUGACCGGCUUUUUAGAAAUUCCAAAAAAACAUUUGCCAUGGGAAUCCAGGAAGACCCAAAUGACAGAGAAAUGGACUAUAUCAUCCAACCAGUUACAAGCUCUCCCUUGACUUCAUGUAAAGAGUUGACACAAGCAAUGCGCAUUCAGCAAAGUUCACUGGAAAAGAAAAUGCAAAGCUGUCUGGAUGAGCUACGUCAGAUUUGCUUGCGUGAGGCUGAAUUGAUAGGGGUCCUGCCAAAGGAAUUUCCCCUUAAGCCUGGGGAAACGCCUCCAAAAGUCCGGCGAAGAGUUGGAGCUUUAUUUAAACUGGAUGAAAGAACAAUUCACUGUCAUGGGAAGGAUCCACUUGGCUAUCUAGAAAGGGAUCUGGCAUUACAACGACAGAUAACAGAGGCUGCACGUCGUCUAUACAUGGAAGAGUCAGUUUCUAGACAAGUUCGGCAGCAAAGGAAGGCGGCACUGAAAACAUCAGAGCAAAAACUUCGUUUUCUGGAGAAUAGACUAGUCCAAGAGCAAAGCCAAGAGAAUCUGCAUACGGAUGACAGUAGCAGUACAUCGGAAUCCAGUUCCCUUUCUGAUGUUGCAACAUUGGGGGAAGAUGACAGUCUGCAAAGAGUACAAGUCAACAGGCCCAUGCGACCUCAGACUUUAGAGGGAUUGUGCCUUAUGAGGACAGAAAAUGAAAAUGACAAAUCUCCAAUACAGAAUAGCCCCUGGAUGGAGUCCAGCCUAGACCUGCCUUAUGACAAAAACCAGAGAAGGUCAUGCAACUCCCAAGGCAAUAGCAGAUGGCUCCAUACAGAGUUUAUUCAGAGAGGCAACAGCAGCCCAGCAGUAACCCCUGUAUCAGAAGAAUCAUUCACAGAGAGUGUUAAUAACCUCAACUUGGCACAUUUAGGCUUACAGGAUAGCCCAGAAAGAAGCAACAAAAGGCUUGCGUCUUAUUCAGUGAGAGUUCAGAGUGUCCCAGGAGAUUCUGAUAUCCGAGGGCGAACAAUAUGUCGAAGAGCAACGAGUUUCAACAAUUCACAGAAUAAUAACUUGAGUACUCUUUCAUUGUCGAAUCCAGUUUACAUAUCCUCCAAUCCACUGUACACGUCAAACUCCUCCGAGUCACUAUUGGAGUCAUCUAGCCCUCAACCCUCCUACAAUUUAGCAUACUGUCCUUUAACGCCAAAAAGUAAUGUUCUUUUGGUUACACGUGCGCCAUCUAUAAGGGAGCACAGUGUCAUAUAUGGACCUUCGAAGUCUGAAGUUACGGACGAGUUAAGAGGUUGGCAUGCCAGAGCACGAAUGAGAGGAUCCGAUGCAAUAAGACCAAGAUCUUUAGAUAGGAAAGGAGCUGUAAGGAUUCGCAGAGGGAUAUCUUGGAGUCCUGCUUUAGGCUCACAAAAAACACAGAUAGCACCUUUCCAUGUGUUAAGGAGAACAGCAGAGGGGGCCCCCCUGCAAUGGUACGAUCCUGAAGAGGCACAGAUUAUAAGUCAAGUGUAGAAACUGACAAAAGUACAAAGAACAAUGAAAUCACAAGGCCGCCCUUACAGUGCUUCUGCAUUUCCCUGUCUUUUAUAUGUAUUUCUUUCUGACAGUCUUUAUGUUGUCAGUCUUAUUCUUUGUGUAUAGGUCUCUUUGCUGGACAGAGAAUUAUGUUGUUAUUUACAAUAGAUUAUACAUUGCAGAGCAGUGUUACCAAUGUUAAAAUGAUGCUACUAUGUUUAAAUAACAUUGCACAAAAUACAUAUUAUGCUGCUUAAGAUGAAUGUGGUGUAUAGUAACACAAGAUUUUGGAUGUGUAAAAUAUGUUGUAUUCUUAUUAUUUAUUAAAAACAGAAACAAAGCAAAGGUUGAAUAAAACCAACAAAAAAUGUGAUUCCCUUAUAGCCCAGGCUUUGUGUAUCCACUGAUGAGUACACAAAGAUUUAUCCCAAUUAAAGUGGGCAAAAAUCCUAACUAUUCUAAA